UAAUUUAAAAUAAUAAUUUAGAUAUACAUAAAGGCGAUACAUUUUUUGUAUCAAAGGAGAACCAUCAAUCCAAAAAAUGUUAUUUCGAAGGAAAAAAUGUGUAAUUGACACACGAGUGCGUCAACUUGUAACAUAUUACAUGCAUACGACUCAAGCAAAGACCAAACCGACGUAUGAUUGCACAAAAUUCAAAUAUUCAUACCUAACAAAUGCAAGUCUUAAUGUACAUAGGUUACUAAGUAGCAGGCCAGAAAGUACAUUUCGCAUGCCACCAUUAAUGCAAAUAUAUGUUCCAUCCAAAUAUCUCAGUCUUCUAUAUUUCAUAAAAUCAGCUUACCUUCUGCAUGCAGUUGUUGAUAAAGACAUCAGCUUACUCAAUUUUAGAACAGGUGUUAACCAGGCACUUAAAGUAAUAUCUAAUGCUUUAUGUACUCAAAACUAUGAAGUUUUAGAUGGUAUGGUAACAGAAAGAACUCUAACAAUAUUAAAACAUAGAGUUGAUCGCCUUACGCCUGAUCAGCGAAACUUUCUAGACUUAACUAAUAAGCCUUAUAACUUGAGUCCAAUGUUUAUAGCAUUAAAUAGAAUUAAAGGCAAAGAUGAAACAAUUAUUAAAAUUGGAAUAAGAGGAAUCAUCACCAUGGAACAAAAUUUCUUCACGCAAAUAACCUGGGAUCCACAGUUUAUAUAUGUAUUUCAAAGGAAGUAUAUAAAUGGUAUAGCUGGGGCAUGGAUAGUAAGGUUCAUAAAUUACUAUGUAUAA